ACUGAAAAUCCUUUUUGCGUUUGAAGUUUGAUUAUUCGCAAGUGUGAAAAUUAGCGAAAAUAGUAGUAGAAAGUGUAUUUUUCUUCCCGUUUCCAUUAGAUAAUCAUUAUCUGAUACUGAUCUCGUUCGAUGGUGAUAGUUUAACGCGUAUAAAUUGCGUUGCGGGAGCAAAAAUCACUUAGCUAGGAAUCAUGAAAAAAAUUGCCCAUGUCUGAAGGAGUUUGCCUUAUUCUCCACCAGCUGUUAUUUUGUUUUUGUUAAAAACCAUUUGAGGAGUAUCCGCUCGCAACAUUUCCUAGCCGUAAAAUGGAUAUCGUCGGACUGGUCAAGCGGUCCUACUCGGAUUACGGAACGAUACUGAAGGAUUCGUGGUACACAAUCAUUGCGGAAGAGUUCGCUUGGUCAUUGAGUUUGCUGUUACUGCUGAUUGCGACGAUAGUAGGACUUUACUGCUGGAGGCGAAUCUAUUUGAAAAAACUCCGUGACAAAGCGGCUCAGUUGCUAUUCCAAAGCCAUGAUCCUUCCCAGUUGCGUUUCCGGAAGCGGGACAAAAUGCUGUUUUAUGGUCGGAGGAUGCUCCGUAAGAUGAAGUCCAUCUCUGGUCAGGCUUACAGUGGCCAGGGUAGAAAGCGGAAGGCAGUUAUGCGUUUCGCCAAGCGGCUUCUCCAUAUACGUCGUGAAAAUGAUCCGAUUCAGCUGCAGGUGGUUGAGCCACCGGCCGAGUACCUGGAAGAAGCAGCAGAAUGGAAUGAUAAAGUCCCUCCCGAUGCACUGUACAUGCUGCAAAGCAUUCGAAUUUUUGGUCACUUUGAGAAGCCGGUCUUUUUGAAGAUUUGCAAACACACCGAAAUCAUCAAUUUGAUCGCCGGCGAGUCGUUGAUAAAGGUUGGCGAUCCGGAUGAUAGUGUAUUUAUCGUGCAAUCGGGACAAGUCAAUGUAUUUCUGAACAAUCCGGAUGGCAGUUCUAUUGCAUUGAAAGUAGUUCGCAAGGGCGAAUCAGUAACAUCGUUGCUGAGCUUCAUCGAUGUGCUAGUUGGUAAUACUAGUCAAUAUAAAACGGUUACAGCAAGAGCGAUAGAAAAUUCUCAAGUGAUCCGAUUGCCAAUGUUUGCCUUCAAGGAAGUGUUCGAUGAAAGCCCAGAUUUGCUUGUCAGAGUCAUACAGGUCAUUAUGAUUCGGUUACAACGCGUUACAAUUACGGCUUUACACAACUAUCUGGGACUGAGCACGGAGUAUAUACAGUGUUCGUCACAGCGUAAGAAAGUGACAGUGCCGAUGAAAAAUAGCCCCGGCCAUCGUCGUGUACCGUCGGAUGUACAAGCACCAUCCCAUUCGCUAGUUGGCCACACAGUAACGGGUGACGCCAGACCGGAUAUGUUGGCAGAUUUGUCCGAUCAUAUCGGCAGUCGACGUGCAUCGGCACUACCAAGUGAACCAAUGGAGGAUACCGUAAUGAAAUCCAUUGCCAUUGAAGGAUUUUUGAAAGAGCUCGGACUGAAGGAUGAAGAUAAACCAUUUGUAGAAGACAAUAUUGUUAUAAAAGAGAUUGCUCCGGGAACCACGUUGACGCAUCAAGGCAGAAACGAUGACGUUUUGUUGAUUUUCGUCAUCAGCGGUGGCUUGACAAUAGCCCAGUAUCCGCAAAUUAAUCUCGGGUGCAACAAAAAGCUGGACAAAUCGGAAAAUCAUACCGUUACAAUUCAUCCCGGUGAUGUGGUUGGUGGUCUGGCGGUGCUCACCGGUGAAAGCAGCUUGUAUACAAUCAAAGCGAAACACUAUUCUCGUGUGGGGUUGCUCUGUAAAGAGGUGAUCUAUAACAUAAUGCGCGAACGUCCGGCUGUCGUCCUAGACAUUGCCGACAGUGUGGUGAAGCGUCUGUCUCCGCUGGUGCGUCAGUGUGACUUUGCAUUGGAUUGGAAUUUCCUCGAAUCCGGUCGUGCUGUUUAUCGUCAGGAUGAAAACAGCGAUUGCACUUAUAUCGUCCUAAACGGUCGACUACGCUCGGUCAUAACUCACUCGAAUGGUAAGAAGGAGAUUGUAGGAGAGUACGGCAAAGGAGACUUAAUCGGCAUCGUUGAGAUGAUCACGGAAACACCCCGCACAACAACUGUGAUGGCGGUGCGUGAUUCUGAACUGGCCAAACUGCCAGAAGGUCUUUUCAAUGCAAUUAAAUUCAAGUAUCCGAUAGUGGUAACCCAGUUGAUUAGUUUACUGAGCCAUAGAAUUCUGGGAUCAAUGCAAGCUAGACCAAUUACGGGAAGCUCUAUAACAGCAGUCCCGUUUGAUACGAGCCAACAGAUUCAACAUCGGUACUCCACUGUGGCCAUCGUCCCUAUCAGCGAAGAUGUUCCCCUCACUGCGUUCACCUAUGAACUUUACCACUCUCUGUGUGCUAUUGGUUCAACGUUGAGGCUUACAUCAGAUGUCGUACGGAAAACUCUCGGUCCUCAGAUUAUGGAUCAAUCUAACGAAUACCGGCUCACUAGUUGGCUUGGCCAGCAGGAAGACCGCCACAACAUUGCACUGUAUCAGUGUGAUUUAACGUUUGGUCCGUGGACGCAGCGCUGCUUGCGACAGGCCGACGUGAUAGUGAUUGUCGGGUUGGGCGAUAGGCCACCUACCAUUGGAAAACUCGAAAAAGAGAUCGAUAGACUUGCGAUACGUACCGCUAAGGAAUUGGUUCUUCUACAUCAUGAAGGCGCUGCACGUCCAACAAACACUACCAGUUGGCUGAAUAUGCGAGCCUGGGUUUCGCGACAUCAUCACAUACAGUGCCCUAAGAGGAUGUUCACGAGAAGAAGUCAAUACCGAAUUAACGACUUGUACAGUAAGGUGUUGAUGUCGGAGCCGAAUAUUCAUUCUGAUUUCUCUCGUCUGGCGAGAUGGUUGACGGGCAAUUCCGUCGGUUUGGUGCUGGGUGGAGGUGGAGCCCGUGGUGCUGCUCAUGUAGGUAUGUUCAAAGCCAUACAGGAGGCCGGCAUUCCUAUUGAUAUGGUUGGCGGUGUAAGUAUCGGUGCGUUUAUGGGGGCACUCUGGUGCUCGGAGAAAAAUGUAACAACCGUCACACAGAAAGCUCGGGAGUGGUGCAAGAAAAUGACUCAAUGGGGCCGACAGCUGAUGGAUUUGACUUAUCCGAUUACGUCCAUGUUCUCCGGGAGAGAUUUUAACCAAACCAUUCGUGGAACGUUCGGCGACGUGUGCAUCGAGGACCUUUGGAUACCAUAUUUUACACUUACCACCGACAUUUCGGCUAGCUGUGCCCGCACUCAUACCCAUGGCUCCCUUUGGCGGUAUGUUCGAUCGUCUAUGUCACUUAGCGGAUACAUGCCACCUUUGUGUGACCCGAAAGAUGGACAUCUACUCUUGGAUGGCGGUUAUGUCAAUAACCUUCCAGGUAAAUAUAAACUCAUGCUUUGUGGAUCAUACAUUGGCAGUCAAUCCUUUUGUUAUCUAUCAUAAUUUGAUCUGAAAGUU